AUGAACUUCAACGGCACCUGGAAAGUUUAUUCUGAGGAAAACCUUGAGGAGUUUCUCAAAUCCAUAGGUGCACCUCAAAUGAUUAUUAAAAUGCGUAAGGAAGUGAAACCGGUGAUCAUCAUAGAGCAGAACGGCAAAGACUUCACCUGCACCGUGAAGACUCCAGCCUGCACCAAAGUCCACUCGUUCAGCCUGGGAAAAGAGUCAGAAAUAACAACUGUGGAUGGAAGGAAGUUUAAGUGCAUUGUCAGAGAGGAGAACGGGAAGCUGAUAGCUGAAAAUGACAAGUUUACCUCAGUCAGAGAGAUUCAAGGGGAUGAAAUGAUUGAGACUAUCACUGCUGGCUCUAUAACCUUCACCAGCAGGAGCAAACGUGUCUGACCGGCCAGCUCAUGGAUCCCUCUCAGAAUUCCUCAUCUGAAGAUGAACGGAGUUAACUUAUAACUAAAUAAAUAAAGCUGAAGUUAAUAAAAUAAA